GGAUACAGUCACACUGAACGCAGCAACCGAAGACCUGGGAGCGUACGCUGUAAAUUCGUUUGGUACAUAUUCGAUGUAUGAACUGACACAUCUAUAUUUUGUAUGGGAAAUGCUUCUAGUCUUGUGUGCCUUGAACUUGCAGUCUUUAUGGAAUUAUAUUUGAUAGAAAAUAUCAAUAAAUUUUGGCAAAAACUAUCACGAUAUAAAUAUUACGAACUGUCAACGUUCGAUACCGUAUCACUGGUCGUAGCUGUCAUCUACACAAAUUUGAAAAAAGCGGCAACCCUACCAGAGGCGUCUGAAAAAAAGCGCGAAUCUACAAUUGAAGAAAAUAAAAUCUGCAAAUCAGCAAUAAACUUUUGGAAUAUUCGGCAACCGUCACACCUUAACAUGAGCGAUUCGUAUGAAGCACCAGUGCGCGAAAAGCGCUCAUUUCUCAUGGCUCGAGAUCCCAGCAAUGACCGGCGCUGUCGACCAAGACCGGAGAAAAAGUUGCGUCUGUUCGAUGAUAUACAUGAAGCCAUGGAGAGCACAGACGGCUCAGAGUACGCAUCCAAUGGUGGAGACUAUGCAACUAGUGUCCCGAGUGCUGAAGAUAGCAGUGUCGGGGAUACUGGGCCACAGGUCUUUUUGCGUCUGCGUCCCGUUGGUGCCGCCUCCAAAGCAUACUCGGUAUCAGACGAUGGAAAAGUGCUGGUUACCAGCGCGAUGAGUGAAAACACCAGCACCAAUGUCAACAAAAUGGAAAAGCACUUUGGAUUCACAUCUAUAUUCGAUGGCUCCGUUGGGCAGCGGGAUGUCUACGACAUCUGUGUUGGUCCCAGGAUUCUGGAUGAAAAAUGCGUUACCAUAAUGACGUAUGGCACUUCAGGCUCGGGAAAAACGUACACAAUGCUUGGCGAUGAUGUGCUUGCUGGUGUUAUACCCCGCGGCCUAGAGCACAUAUUCACCAUCUACAUGGAAAACUUAUACCACUCACCCAAACUAAAACUGGUCAACGGCUGCAUUGAGUUCCUUCAGGACGAGACCACGUUGCGGGAAAUGCAAAUAAGCAAGAAACUGCUUAGCUUGUGCCAGGAUAUUGGCGGGCAUCACGAGCGACUGAAGGAGGCGAUUCAGGGGGAUCACACCUUCGAGACAAAGGCCGACCCGAACGUCUCGGUAAUGAUUUGGGUAUCAUUUGUGGAGAUCUACAAUGAACUGGUAUACGACCUAUUGAGCAUACCGCCGCGUCAAGAAAAUCUUGGUGCUGUUCCGCGAAAGCCCAUGAAGAUCUCCUGUAAUAAAGGUCAAGUAUAUAUCAAGGGCCUGACGACUGUGUUCGUAAGAAGCAGCGAGGAAGCCUUGCGGCUGCUGCGGCUGGGACAGCAGCGUUCCACCUACGCUUCGACCUCGGUGAACGCGAACUCUAGCAGAUCCCACUGUGUCUUCAUCGUGGAUGUGUUGAAGUACAACAGCUCGGGAAUGACCACUCAAUGUUCGUACAAGUUUUGCUACUUUGCGGGCUCGGAGCGUGUAAACAACACGGGCACCAUCGGGUUACGCCUCAAGGAGGCGAAAAACAUCAACACCUCCCUAAUGACUUUGGGGCGGUGUCUGGACGCGGCCAGUACUUCACGGAAGAAGCCAAACAAUGACGUCAUACCAUUUCGCGAUUCAAAGCUUACCAUGCUGUUGCAAGCAGCCCUCCUCGGAAAGGAACGCUUGGCCAUGAUAGUGACUGUCACACCGCUGGAGAAGUUCUAUGAGGAAAACCUGAACGUGCUCAACUUCGCCUCCAUAGCGAAGAAUAUCAUUUUUAAAGAGCCUUUGAUAAAGCAGCAUAGUACACGAUAUUCCGGUUUCUUUGACAACUCUAAAAGGAAUACCCAGUACGAAUACGUCAAAGAGAUUGAGGAGGAUAAUAUCAGGUAUAGAAAUCUAAUGAGCUCAUCGCUUUUCGGCAUAAUAACACAUCAUCUGAAGAUGCAGAUGCUGGAGGAGAAGCUGCGAAAGGAACUUUCGGAGACCUACCAAGAAUUGAUGCGGGCAAACAAGCAGUGGGAGGAGCAGACCGUGAAGCAACGUCUGAUGGCAGAGCGGGAGUUCGAGUUUAAGCUGGCAUCACAAAAGCGGCGGUACGAAGAGCGAAUCGAGGAUCUCAAGGAUGAAAUCGAGGAACUCAAAUCUUCCUCAAGCAAAUCCGACAGUAUGGACGAAAAGGAGGAUGAGCCCAAUGCGUCCAUAGAAAUACUCGAUGAUGAAUAGUACAUGUUAUAUUUGCCAUCUUGUAUUUUUAAGGGUUUGUUAUAGUCUAAAUAAAAUCACUUAUGAAUUCAA